AUUGACAGCCCACCACAGCCUGAGCUCGGUCUCGGUCGUACGUAUCCAUCCCUCUGUGGCACGCCAAGUGUCAGCAACAAGCACCCAACCCCCUCCUCCCCCCGCUCAUCUCCUGCUCCCGAGCCCAUGGCGGCGACUCCUCCUGCCGCCACCGCCGUCGUCGCCGCGGGCGGAGCGCACAGCGUGUUCGUGUACGGGAGCCUGAUGGCGGACGAGGUGGUCACCGCCAUCCUCAAGCGCGUCCCGGCCUCCUCCCCGGCGCUCCUCACCAACUACCACAGGUUUAACAUCAAGGGUCGUAUUUAUCCAGCAAUCCUGCCUGUUGAAAGCAAGAUGGUUGCUGGAAAGGUUAUCAUGGGCAUUUCUGAUGCAGAACUCAUUGUCUUAGAUGCAUUUGAGGAUUUUGAGUAUGUAAGGAGAAGAGUUCAGAUAUCACUCACCGAUACUUCAGAGACAAUGCAUGCUGACACUUAUAUAUGGAGUGAUGCAGAGGAUCCAGAUCUGUAUGGUGAAUGGGAUUUUGAGGAGUGGAAGAGGCUUCACAUGAAGGAUUUCCUAACGAUGACACUUGGAUUCAUGGAUGGAUUCGAACGGCCUGAACACAAGACCCGGGUCGAGACCUACCAGUCUUUCAUGCACGAGCAUGAACAGCCUAAAUCGGAUACGCAGGUCGAGAGUUGAGUUCUUCGAUCGUUCUUCAUGGAGAACCGAUUCAUCAGUGUGUUGUAUUAGUGUUAUCCGAAACAGCUUAUAUCCUCAGAUUUGCGGAUAAGAUCUUUAUAGCUUAUAUCCUCAGAUUUGUGAAUAAGUUCUUUAUAGGAUCAUUCUCACUAGAACAAAUUAGAAUGCAAUCUCUUCUGUGAGACCCUUGACGAUCCAAGUAGUGGUGCGUAUCAGAAUAAAAUCUUUUCUGUGAGAAUUGAGAUGAAA